AUUGAUGAAAACGAGGGUCAUCGCUUACUUGCGUACCUGUGCACUAAAGAACUUGAAAAUGUGAAGCUUAAAGGUGUCGAUAACCUUCAGUUUAGCGCCACUGAGAUGUACGCUUUGUAUCAUGGUGCACAUCACAUGCUACACGAAGGCGUCAAGAGAGAGCCACAUAAACUGGACGAAGUGACAAAGGCCUACAUUAUUGAUUUAGAAGUAGUGUGUGCCAAGACCUUCGUGAACAGCACAUUAGCGACUGAAGACCUUUUGUGGUUUAAAGAGCAGGGGAUUUUUACAUUGUUAUCAAAAGAUAACCAAAGUAUUGUGGACACCUUGUUGUUUUUAUUGAGGAAGAACCUCCGUUUGCUUAGAGAUAACCCUCGUACGUUUCUUCAAACCAUACUUAACCAAGGAGGAAAAGUGUUGACUGUUGAGGCGUCAAAUCUUUUGCGAAAUAAAUAUCCUGAAAUACCAUAUAUGGGGGUUGUUCAUAAGGAGACGCGGCAGGGAAGUGUUGUAGCCCGAUUUGACUGUUCAUCUGAUGUGAUCUGUUUGGACGUCUCUCCACAGUUGGAUUAUAUGGUGUGUGAAUGUGACAACGGAAUGCUGCAGCUGUGGUCACUCCAGACUGGCAGGCUAGUGUGGACACGUCCAGUAGUAGUAGAGAAGAGUUUCAAGAGGAUUGGGUGGUCCUUCGUGUGUAGAAAACUACCUUCAGUAGACGCGUUUUUAUUAUUACGCUCUGUUCUCUUUCACCCUACAAAGGAAUGCAUUUUACCUGGGAUUCUAAGUCAGGCCUAUACUAUGGACGGAGACUUGAAACCGCUCUUUCCCGGAUGCAACUGUAGAUUCUCAGUUUGCUCUAUUUCAGGCGACAAGACCAAGAUUCUAACUAAUUGUCUUGAGAGUUCUAAAUGCCUUGUCUUGUGGAGUUCAGAAAAUGGCUCAGAGGUUGAUCGAAUCCUUGAAGAUGAACACAUUUUAUCUUUUGCAUGGUCUGGUGAUGGAAGGCUUCUUGCAAUUUCACAUUUUUCGGGACUGAUUAGUUUAUAUGAUGUGAUGUGUAAUUUCAGAAAACUAACACAAAUGACCACCCCAGAAGUAUGUGGCAUG